ACGGUGGUUUUAUUGAGCCGUCCCUGAUUGGCCAGCUUUUUAGUAUACGUCAUAAGACCUAUUUAGCGAUGUUCUAUUCGCACCGAAUAAGACUGUCGACAAACCAUUUCUGCGUGCGUCAUAACUGUCUUAUAUUUUUGUGUGAAUUGUUUAUUUGUGAUUAGUGAUAUCAAUAUUUGUGUGUGACUGGUUUCAGUGUGGCUCCACGGACUCCACUUUUUCCGUGAAUUUCCUCCCUCUGAAAGCUAGACAUUGACAUACAAAAUACCGAAAUAUACGCCCGUCUCGAAGACUAUAGUUUGGAACCCCCGCUCAACAAGAUUGCUUUCCUAAUUCAAAUUGCUUAAGGCCGUCUGACAAAGCCCAUUUUUUCCUCAUCAAAAGGGGCUUGCUCAACGGCUGGUCGCUGGCGUGGAACUUGGACGCAUAUCAUUUUUCAGUCAAACGUCCAGUGCUGCCGCCGUGAUGGCCUCCGACCGGCCGCAGCUCGUACAGGCGCUCUACUCGUUCAAGGCGACCAACAACGACGAGCUGACGUUCAAGAAGGGCGACGUGAUCACGCUGACCCAGUGCGAUGACGCCGACUGGUGGGAGGGCACACUGGGCGAUACCACCGGCUGGUUCCCGGCCAACUAUGUCAAGGAGUGCUCCGCGGCAGAGUCGCAGCAGUCGGCGGCGCCUAUGGAGCUGGUCAGCCAGCAGCGUGUGUACCGCUCUCUGGUGCUACAGGACAUCAUCGACUCGGAGCGCGCCCACAUCAGCGAGCUGCAGACGCUCUGCAAAAACUUCCUCCAGCCGCUCAGCCGAUCAGACGUUCUGUCGGCAGCCGAGCACCGCCAGCUGACCGGUAACCUGGACGAAGUGCUCGGUGAGCACGGCCGACUGCUGGCCGAGCUCGAGCUGCAGGCGGCCGUUCAGCAGCGCCCGCAGCGCGCCGGCCACGUGUUCCUCAGCCGCGCGGCCGACCUGAAGCGCGUGCACACUCAGUACUGCGCCGGCCACCCGCGCGCCGUCUGUGUGCUCGACAAACACAAGGACGCCCUGAACGCGUUCAUGGAGUCGCAGGGCGCCCACACGCCCGGUAUCAUGGUGCUCACCACCGGUCUGAGCAAGGUGUUCCGGCGGCUCGACAAGUUCCCAUGCAUGCUUCAGGAGUACGAGCGUCACUUGGAGGAGGGGCACCCGGACCGGGGCGACACGCAGCGCUCUAUCCACGUCUACAACGAGAUCACGACGAGCUGUGCCACGAUCCGUCGCCAGAAGGAGACGGAGCUGGAGAUUCUCUCCGGAAACAUCCGCCGCUGGGAGGGCGAACAAAUGGCCAACAUGGGUGAGAUCAUCCACAUGGGCUCGGUGGCGGUGGGCAAGGAGCACAGCGACCGCUACUUCGUGCUGUUCCGUACUACUCUGGUGAUGCUCAGCGUCUCCCCGCGGAUGUCGGCAUUCAUAUACGAGGGAAAGCUGCCGCUCUCGGGGAUCAGCGUCACCAAACUGGAGGACUCGUCUGAUCACAAGAACGCCUUCGAGAUCGCAGGUCCGAUGAUCGAGCGGAUUGUGGCCGAGUGCCAGAGCCGCGACGAACAGCAGGCCUGGGUGUCGCAGCUGCUCGGACAGAUCCAGGCGGCGCGCCAGUCGGCCUUCCUGCCCAGCCAGCCGCAGCCCAUCCCCCACACGAGCGUGGCUCCGCCGCCACCGCCGCACCACGCGCCCGUCAGCGAGGUGGGUGUCUCGAGUGCGCCCGGCCCGCUGCGACCCUGGACGGCGGCCUGCCUGCGACCCUCGCCGCCGCUGCGGCCCUGCCUGGCGCUCGGACGGGAGGAUACCAACCGAAAGAGCAGCAGGAACAUGGUCUACAAGUACAAGAAGCGAGCAGGCGAUGACCGUUCAUACGAGGAUGACGCCACGAUUCUGCGUGUGAUCGAGGCCUACUGCACCAGCUCCCAGCCGCGGCACACCGUCAACUCUUCGCUGCUGGACCCGCCGCACUCCAUCCCCGAGGAGCAACAGCAGCAGCCGGGCGGCUCCGGCUCCGGCGGCGGGGUGUCGGCGGCGGCCGCCCUGGCGGCGCUGGCCGCCGGCGCCGGCCCGGCCGUGCCCGCCCCGCAGGAGGAGCGUCUGAUGGAGAGCGUGCAGCAGCUCCGGGACGAGGUGCGCCAGCUGCGCGACCGGCUGGACGACGAGCGGCGCCGCCGACAGCACCUGGAGACCAUCGUGCGCACGCACCUGCUGGCCGGCCGUGCUGACAUCCGCUGGGACGAGUGAGCCGUGCUGACAUCCGCGGGACGAGUGAGCCGCGCUGACAUCCGCUGGGACGAGUGAGCCGUGCUGACAUCCGCUGGGACGAGUGAGCCGGCUGACAUCCGCUGGGACGAGUGAGACGGCUGGGGCGGUGUGGAGGGGCGGCAGGACGGAGAGCGGUGUCGGACGGAGGAACGGGCCGGGAGGGGCGGGGGGGGGGGGGGCGGAGGUGUCAGAUCGAGGGACGGGCUGAGAGGGGACGGGAGGGCGGAGCAUUAGCGUCGCCACGGGGGGGCAAGCGGGGCAGCUUGCCCCCCCAACCUCGGACCGGGCACCCCCUGAGAUCGAUACAGAUCCGAUGAGAUUUUGGAGUCGGGAAAAAAUGGGGGUACCUUUCUGAGAAUGCCUGUGAGGUCAGACUCGGUUGGAGCGUGCAGUUCAAACCAGAGUCUGACUCGCAGUCGCCAAAAUCUUCAAGACUCCAAGUCCAGACUCGGAAAUGUCAAUGAUGUGAUUCAUUACAUGUUCCUAGUUCGUUCUUUAUUACAUUUUACAGCUGAUUUUCAUAAGUUUUGGAGUGCUGACACAAUUUUCGUUCAAAGCGUGAAACGAAAUCUUCGGGGCCUUUCUCAACUCUCGUCAAAUGUCUGCGACAGGCUCAAGUACCGUACAAGUGUCGCAGGGCUCAUGAGCUUGCUUUAAACAAAGGCUCCUAAGGAGCUCCACUGAGCCCUAAAGAAGCUUUUAGAGGGCCCAAACCGGCCUCUGAAAGCCCCACUGGUGUCCAUGUUCUCUGAGGGCCCAUACAGGGAUCUUUGAGCCUUCGAACAUUUCUGAGAACCUUAACUGGCCUCUGAUAGUUCAGCCAAAUUUUUGAGGCGACAGACUUUGCCAACCCCAAGCCGGCAUCUGCGGGGUCACAGCUCACGUGUCCCUCUGAGGUCCGCAACACAUGUUUAUUUUGUCCCUACGUAGGGUCCUUAGGGAUUCGACAUAGACCCCGAGGGUUCACACUGCUAUCCGAGGGCUCCAGGCUCACCCUGGGCCUAGUCUUUAGCGCCCGCCGCCCACACUGGCUUCUGAGGACCCCACCUUGGGCUCGGAAAGCCCUAAAGCACCACGUACGCGUAAAUAUUUGAGGUGACCCACGUCGAUCUCCGGGAUCCUAAGCAGGCUUCUGAGAGUCAGCACUGACCCUGAGUGGCCUGAAAUGGCCUGGAAGUCACAAACCUAUCUCUAAGGGAUCCCUUGCCGCUAUGCCGUGCGUAACUUUUGGUUCUGUUUAACAGUUUUUGUUCACGUUUGCAGCGCUUCCCUUCACACGAAAAACGAGAAACUUUUGUUCACACUCGAUUGAACAAAACACUUCCUCUCACUGGAGCAAAGAUGAAUUACUUCCGAUUCACACUUCACACAUUCACUCUCCGCCGAAUGCCCAACUUAGCUACGAUCGGCGGCUGGGAUAAGUCCUAUGCAUUUCACGUAAAACCUCUGCAUGCAUGCGUGAAUGGAGGUUUUAGCAGGGUGAUCCGAUCAAAUGGAGCGUUUUUCACCUCUAAAUCGGUAGGUAAUGAUCAUAAGCGUCGAGCGUCUGCACAGGGGCCCUCUGCAGUGCGUCGGCAAUCGCAGCCACUAUAAUUCUACCAGUCGUUUUGUUAUGAAAUUUCAAAAUUUCGAAUUUUUUUUAAAAAAUUACAUGUCAUAGCUAGAAGGAAACCUUUGUCACCAUGGGAUUCCUCGCACCAUUGCGCGUCGAAUGAUAUGUAAAACGAGUGAUUUAAGACUGGGGAAAGGCAAGUUUUGACACAAAAGUUGAUUUUGCCCCCCCAACCGAAAAUCUCUGGCGACGCCUAUGGGGCGGAGCGUCGGAGACAGUGCAGCCGGGCGAAUGGGCAGGGAUGAGAGACCGUAGCGGCACAAAUGAUAAGGUCACACUGUGUGAGUGAUGAUGUCUGAAAGCUGGAAAGGUCGACGGUAGGUGAUGCACAAGACUUGGCAAGCUAGGACGCGGAAUGGCGGCAGCAUUUAUCGGCAGCAGUGCUGCCACCUGUAUCAGGACGGCAGUCGUAACAGUACGGCGGCUAGGGGCGCUAAAACUGCCCGCCGGUGGCGGAGAUCAGGCAGCAUAUCGAGGUCGCGAGGCGGGCGUGAGGUCGCACUCCUCACCGGCUGAGGGGAAUCGGUGGGUUCACCGGUAACGCGGGCGGCCACUGUGCUCGGUGACCGCUGUCGUCGCAUCAAGAUCGGACUCUAUUCCUGGAUCGUAUUCGUCACGAUGACUUGACUUUGACUCGGUCAAGAGGGCCACCGAAAUGUGCGGCGACUCGCGCUGUCUGGUGGGGAGCCGCGGACGCCGUGCUAUUGCAAAGGCGGGAGAAAGGCGUAGUCACGUCACCCGACGUGUACCCGCACCAGCCGCUCAUGUUUUGCCAAACGACCCGUGCGACCCGCGGCCAAACCCGGUGCCUGGGGCGGCGUCCGUCGCAGCCGCUUACUGGCGUGAUCAGCUGUAGCAACUGAGCUCCCUCGUUUUACACGGGAGCCGCUGUCCGAACUGCCGUAGUGAUUGUGAUGUUCGUCGACAGAGUGUAUUUAUGUGACGUGUGUCCGUGUAUCCAGCCGGUCACCGAGGAAAUAUAUUGUUUAGACGUAA